ACUCUUGAUUCCACAGCCAUGCUUGACAGCGUUUGAUAAUUUAGCUAAAUUGCAAGUGGAACUUUCAACGAGUAGCAGCAGAAAAUAAAUACUAGUCGCGUGCUGAUGACGUCGGAGAAACUGUAUAAAACAGAGCCUCCUCGACGAAUCACGCCACUGGAAAAUUACAACGAGGCCACAAAAAGCCCCUUUACUAAUUUGCCAACAGCCACCAUUUUGGGAGUCAGAAUUGUAUUGGAAAACCACCACCCUUUGGGCCUUAUUAUGGUACACACGUGCGUGGUGGCUGGCUGUCGGAAUAGAAGAAUACCAGGCACAUCAUUGUCUUUUUACCGUUUCCCACGCGAUCCCGACAGAAAGCAGCGUUGGAUAGCUGCUGUGAACCGUGAAGGCUGGCUGCCAAACGACGGGAGCAGGUUGUGUAGUACUCAUUUCAUCUCAGGUAAACAGGUGAAGAAUCCACGCUCGCCAGACUAUGUUCCCUCUGUAUUUACAUCAGCUCCCCUAUCCCCGGAGUCAGAAAUUAAGGAAGAGACUGCUGGCUUUGAAAUCUCAGACAAGCAGGAAGCCCAAGUGGAGGCUGCCAACGCCUUGCUCUUCCUGCAGGGCCAGGGCAGGUCUGUGGUCUACCAGAGGCCGAGCCAGGUGGACCAUGACGUGGCCCAGAGUGCAUCCUCAUCCUCUACCAGUGACAAUGGUGAGGAAUCUGAACCCGUGUCAAGCGACAGCAAAGACAGGGGAGGGAAGCCCGGCAAAAGGUCAGCCGCAGAGCCCGACAACUAUGAGGAUGUGCUGAAGAUCUUGAAGAAGGAGAACCGGGCUCUCCGGGAGUCUGUGGAUAAAAUGUCACUCUCAGAGACCUCAUUCCGGAAUGACCCAGAGAAGGUCAGGUUUUACACUGGCUUGCCCAACUACUUUGUAUUUGAGACAGUCAUGUGGCUCCUCGCACCACACAUGAACGGGACCAAGAACAUGGUCAAACUCUCCAUGUUUCAGCAGCUGCUGCUGACACUAAUGCGUCUCCGGCUUGACCUCAAGAACCAGGACUUGGCCUACCGCUUCGGUGUGAAGGUUGGCACAGUGACCAGGACAGUGCUCAGAAUGGUUAACGUCAUGUCCACCACGCUGGUACCCACGGCUGUCUUCUGGCCCUCCAGGGCUGAGCUCCGCAAGAACCUCCCGGCAGCUCUCCACUCGACGUACCCUGACUGUGCCGUGAUCAUAGACUGCUUCAGGGUGACCCUGGAGAAACCCGGGUCAGAAGUAAACUUGUUGUGUCAGGGGGCGUCAGCAGGGAGCAACACUCUGAAAUACAUGAUAGGCAUGGCCCCGCAGGGCGUGGUCACUUUCGUCUCCAGGGGGUCGCCGGGGAGUGUCAGCGACAAGAGCCUGGCAGAGGGGUGUGGCUUCCUGGGCAAGCUCCUUCCAGGAGACGUGGUCCUGGCCGAUAAGGAUUUGGACAUUGGUGAGUCGGUGGCGGCUCAUGGUGCCCUGCUGAAAAUCACUGGCUGCGAUGGCGGAGAGGGUUCUGAAGGGAGCGAAGAUGUCUCUCUGACAGACAUUUCCCCAGAGAGGCUGAGUGUGCGGAGGCAUGUGGAGAGGGUUGUGUCCAUGGUGAAACUAAGGUACUCCAUGCUGACUGGCCCAGUGGAGGUCCCCUUCACGGCCGCUGAGCGGUCAUCCAACAUUUUCACUUUUGAUAAGAUUGUGCAGGUUGCCUGUGCCUUAAACAACCUGUGUAUAUCUGCUGCACCCCUAGAGUGACUCACACUAGUGCUGCUCCAUACGAGCAUUGAUAGCCACUUUAAUGCUUGAACACUUAAAGAAUCUAUAUUUUGGAUGUAAAUGGCAUGUUGAGAAGUGCCCAGACACAUUUCUUGCAAAACUUACCCCAACCAGCGAUAGACGUUCUCAUGCUCAUUCUGCAGUGCCAGUGCGUGAAAAGAAAACAUGAACAAAAGCCCCAAAAUCACCCAAAUAUGUCCUUGUACUUGUUUUGUAAUUUAUGUACUUCAGAACUUUAUCCGCAACGUUUAAUUCCGUUUUGUAUGGCACGAGAGAUACUUCUGUGUGUGCAUGUGAUGGCUAACAUGGAGCAGCCAGAUGGAUAGGUUUACCACAUCCUAUGGAAUACAACGUUGUGGUUAAAGUUUGAAAUGACACAAUUGCAUGUGUACAACAUCUAAAGACCUGCAUCUGAAUGCAUUUGUUGCUUUUAUCCACACACUGGCACUGCAGAACGAAUAUGAGGUAGGUUAUCACUGGUUGGGGUAAGGUCCUCAAAAACAAGUGUCUGGGCAUUUGGCCAUAUGCAUCCAAAAUAUAGAUUUAGUUUAAAAAAAGUGAACUUUUUCUUCAAACAUCCUAGCUCCAUUCUACAAUUCCACUCGUAGAUGCUGGAGAGGGGAACUUUUUAUUUGUAUUUUUUUCAACAGAUAACUUUCAGAGGGAUAUUUGAUGGAUCCAUUUAUCACAAUAUUUUCACUGUAUUACUAUUUUUGCCCCUCUGGAUGUAACUGAUUGAGAAUUUGAAUUACUGAGCUCAUCAGCAUUUUUUAAAUGUGGAUAUAUUUCAGAAGGACAUUCCAAAGGUUCCAAGUAUUCUAUGAUUGAAUGUAGAUUGUGGUUUUCGACCAUUACUUGGUUCUCAGAGACAUUUGCGUGACUUACAAUGGAUCGAACAGUAGCCUACCGUUUUCCUCAGGUGUUAGUGCUUUCGUUUGAAAUGCUGGUACUGCUGUAACAAAACAGAUGUUUUUACAUGACACAAUGCCUUCCAUGUCAUAUGAAUAACCACGUUUCCAUCCACAGUUUUUAUGCGAGUAAAAUCAUACUGUCUAAAAAAUGUUAUGACAGUUUUGAUGGAAACGAAGUUUCGGUACAAUUUUAUAAAUGCUGACAGAUAAUUUGUUAGUUCGACAUGGUGGGAUCUUUUAGUGUCGGUAAAAUUAAUUAUGUGACAAAUGGCGGCGGAAACGCCUUUAUGCUCAAAUAUUGAUAUAAUAAACAUCAAAUUUAAGUACAUUUGGAGUCACGUGAUGAUAUGGUGUGUGGUCCUCCCACUACGAUUCGGGAAACCAUGCCGUUUAUUAGGCUACAGAUUAAAUAAAUUAUGAACUUCACAGGGUAGUGGAAGUGCACUGUGAUCUUGAUGCUCCUUUCCAAUAAAUAUCGAGUCUUAUUCUGGUGACAUGAUAAUCGAUGCUUGACUGCCGUUUGACAAAUAUAUUUUUCUCGCUCUUAUCCUUAAUAAUCUCAUCACAGCCUACCCACACUUUAUCUGCGAGCUGUUGUCUAGAGCGCACGUGUCAAGGCCAGAAUAGGCACAUUUGCUAUUUAAAGCCACAGUUUUUGUGACAACUUUUGCCAGAGUUGGCAAUGCGAUGGAAACAUAUUGAACUUUAGAUUUGUAUUCAGUACAUGAAAACAUAAGCGAAAAAGUACAAUGUGUGUACAUCACGCACUGAUUUUUAUCCGAAAAAAGAAAAUUUGGUGGGAAUUUUUUUAUAUUUUAGUUAUGCAGAUUCUAGAGUAUUCGUAUGAAAAUCUGUCGCCAAUUGGAUAGAAAUAUAGAUAAUGUCAAUAACUGUCCUCAAAAAGCACUAAUGAAGGCUAAAACUUUUUGUCACUUAUGUUGUGGUUUAUGCAUUCUCUGAGCAUGAGUUAAGUGUGUUUCUUCUUUUUUUCACGUCCAGUUUGUUCAUGUUAAUAGUGCUGACGGAUGUCAGUCUGCAAGGACAGUCUGUGUAUGAUCUUUGGUUCUGUUGAUUGAGAGGUGCUGGGAAUUUAAUGGUGUAGUUUAGGUGCCUCUUUGUAGAAUCUGAGAGUUAAAUACUUUUCCACUUGUCUCUAACAUGUAGGCUCAGCAUUCCCGAACAGUCCCAUUACAUCAGAAUGUUGAACACACUUAACUUAAAUUUACUUUACGUGUGUCUAAGGUAAUCUGAUACAAAAUCCAGAGGGAAGUGUUAUAAACCCGACCUUCAGUACGCUGGUCUGUAUAUCGGUUGAAUUUUUAAUACCGAUGCAAUUCGCAUGUGACAAACGUUUGGACAAUAUGGUGGCGAACACUUACCGCAGAUUGCGAAGAAACGUGCUUCGGACUCCUACAUUUGGUUACAGUAGGCUAUUGUUUACAUAUUGUGCAUCACAUGCAAUGCGUCAAGAGAGAGAAAAUAAUAAAAAGUCGCGUAAACAACACUACUGUGGAUACCCUACCACCACCUCUCCGACUCCCAAAAUACGCUAAAACGGAUGCGCGCACAUACACCACCUCAUUGCGGAGUCCUACUAGGAAGACUACAUUUACGUUCAAGAGGACUGCCAUGAGCAUGAUUCUGCCCAUUUGCCUAUAAAGUACCUAUUUUGUUUGAAUAUAGAAGGUGAUGUGUAGGAACUUGAAUAUUUGAGUGAUAUUUCUGCUGUGUGCAUCCUUGGGAUGAUGCGGCGCACUCUACGCUGAUAAACCUAUUCUUUGCCAUGUUACAGCCCUAUUCGGACGGGUAUUACUAGAGACGUUGGUUUUGUAAUUAUCCAAGCAUGUGCAUUAUUCCAGAGAACGAUUCACACAGGAUUAGUUUUUCCAAAUUGUCCCCAGUAAUUCUUAAUUUUUCCCAAAGCCAGUAGGUUUUUAUUGUAGGCGAGAAUGUCAAAAUGAUAGAUAUGCGACACGUGAUUGGCUGCCAAAUGUAUAGGUCUCCCCAUACAUUUACAUGGAUGAAGUGUGAUCAUAAUCAUUAUUUUAGCGAUCCAUUCAUGGUAGACGUCCUUACUAAUACCCCACAUCUAGCUGAUUUGAGAUGCUGGACCGUAUUUGCACUUUACUAUUUAUGGAUGAGAGUGAAGUUGCCAUUUCCCAAAAAGUUUAAUGGGGAUGCUGCUUUGCGAUCUAUUGCCUAGGCCAGGGCUCUCCAACCCUGUUCGUGGAGAGCUACCAUUAUGUAGGUUUUCACUCCAACCAUAAUCUAGCGCAUCCGAUUCAAUACUUAGCUGGUUAUAAACUGAAUCAGGUUAGUUACAACUGGGGUUGGAGAGAACCUACAGGACGGUAGCUCUCCCGGAACAGGUUUGGAAAGCCCUGUCCAUGGACAUCAAUAGCCAGGCAGGGUUGUAUUAAAUGAGCGAAAGACAAUACUUUGUAUUGCACAUUUAGGCCGAAUUAAACUGAUGCAUUUGGCGAUGUUCAACUUAAAUUCACUGGCUAAACUAUUCUUCAUAGUGCCAUACUCUGAGCCUAAUAUAAACUUUAUUCUACUUUUGAAUUUACGAGGCAUUGCUAAAUAUAGCCUGCGCGCACGGUUCUGACCGUUUCUGUCUGCCCCGAUUCUCUCCCUCAUUCUCUCUCGCCUGCGCCUCUUUCUCUUCACUAUGAACAACGCCAGUGUUUGGUCUUCUGUCUGUUGCAUGUAUAAUAGUUUACCUACUAAUUGAUAUCCCCUACUAUAAUGAACAUGCGCAAGCCAAGAAAUUGCGAAAUACAGCAUUGCGAUAGCCUAAAUAGUUUGAUUACGGAUCUGACGGUUUGCCUAUUGGCCGAGAUGUCUGGCUGUGCACUUCCACCAUUCGCUCUCAUGCUAGCUCGCUCUUUCUUUCUUUUCUGUGAAAGAUGCGAGUGUUUGUUCUCGAAAUAGACUACGGAAAAUAGUUUCCCCCGUUGCAAAAAUACUGAAUCUUGAGUCGAUUUCGAAGCUUGACACCCAAAAAUGGGAGUCGACCCCCUACCUAGGUGUCAGAGACAUGCUAUAGCACAACAUGCCUUCUUCUCAUUGCUUAAAUGCACAUUUCAUUGUUUUGCCUACUUUGUGUAUUAUAAUAAGCUGAUGUGCUUUUCUUCACGAUGACGGGAUACUAUAUAAUGUUGUUGGGUCUGUAACCAUGUUUGCCAGUGACCAGUCUCUUCCCAUUCAAAUAUUAUUUUUUUUAAACAAAAAGUUCAGUAACAGACCCAUGGAUGCACACAGCAUAGGCAUGUAUUUAAUUAAUUUUCUAUUCAUGCAUUAAAGCUCUGACACACUGGUAGGAUUGUCAAACGUUUGCCUGCGGACAGUAUUUAGCACCGCAGAAUGGUGUCAGCAGUCAAUCUCUUUUUUUGUGUUCACACAGCAAAGACCUUGAAAGUUGUCAGCCACUCAAUCAUAUUAAAAUACUCCAAACUAGAAGUUGGCGAUGCGUAUCCGUGCAUAUUGCUUAUGGUCUAGCUAUCUUGUUGAUACUAGCUAGAUUACGAAAACACAAUUUAUUUCCCCCUCCAUAAUCCCAUAACCAAAUUGUUUUGCUAGUUAACCUUGGCAUAUUCACCAGCUAGCACAACGAGCUAGCUAAGGACACUAGACUAACUAACUCUGCAGUUAAUUCAAUCACAAUUGAUUAGCUAUCUUGCAGGAAGUAUUUAGUGUUGUGUGCAUUUAGUUAGCUAGCUAGCUACGCUACAUUCCCAUAGCCUACAUUGCAUAUGAAGUGUGACUGGCUUGUCCAUGGAUGUAAUGAGAAAAUGCCCUAUUUCACCCCCUUUUUUUGGCUCGCACACAUGUGGGUUAAUGCUCUCUACUUGGCUCAAAGUGAAGUUGUUGGCCACUGACAAGCCUAUCUAUUCUACAAGUACAAUCAUUAGACCGGGUCGACAUGUAGCAGGUACAGCUUUUCUUCUGUAAACAUAAAGAACGACAUCCUACUGUUAUGUGUACCGAUCGGCAGUGAGAUUCUCGGUAUUUCAUUCUUUACAAUUCAUUUCAAAAGGUGAAUUUGUUGCACUACUCUUGAUUGUUAUUUACCUGUGCAAUGUUCUUGUGUAUGAAAAGCAUGUAAGACCCAUAGCCUGCCCUAUUCCAUGAUGCAAAUGAUUAUCAGCCUCCUUUUGAUGUCAAGGGUUAUUUGUUGUGUUCAUUAUCUGCCUAUGAAUAUAAACCAAAUAUUAAUAUCUUGA